AUGUUCACCCCUCUUCUCUUCCUCGCAACCCUCGCAGCCCCAGCCCUCGCCGCCACCAGCGGUGACUGCCGUCCCCUCCGCCGCGGUGUUGCUCCAACACCGACGCCCAACACCCCGGAGGCCUUCGCCUCCUUCAACUACUACGACGUGGUGGCCAACAGCACUGUAGCUGAGCACCCCGGCAACUACGAGAACUUCCUGGUUGCUGGGAAUGCUGCUUUGCACGAUGACGAUGCGUAUGUGGCGUACAAGGAGUUGAAGGGGUAUGAUGUUGGUGCUUGUGCGAGGGAGUGUGAUCUGACGGGGGGGUGCGCUUCGUUCAACAUCUACUUCCAGCGCCACCCCUCUCUGGCCCCCGGCCCCGCGUGCCCCAACCCCGAGGCCAACAUCGUGGUCCGCUGCGCGCUCUUCAACGCGCCCAUGAGCGCCGCCCAGGCGACCAACCACGGGCAGCAGCGCGGCCCUGCUGAUGCCGAGGGCGACAGGUUCGAGGUGUUGAUGCGUGGCAGCAACGCAUACAACCGCCUCAUUUCGCCCAACAAGAGGGUCACGGUCACUGCGACUACGACUGUCUCUGCGACCAAGACGGUGACUAACGUCGUUACCAAGAUGGUUCGCGUUGAGUAGACGCUCUCUUUUCCUUUUCUUUUUCU